AUGCCUCGCCCGAAAGAACCGUGCUACGUCCUCGGCGUGGGCAUGACCAAGUUCAUCAAGCCCCGCGGCAAGGUCGACUACACCGAGAUGGGCUACGAGGCCGGCAUCAAGGCGCUGCUGGACGCCCAGGUGACCUACGACGACGUCGAGCAGGGCAUCGCCUGCUACUGCUACGGCGACUCGACCUCGGGCCAGCGCGUCUUCUACCAGUUCGGCAUGACCCAGAUCCCCAUCUACAACGUCAACAACAACUGCUCCACGGGGUCGACUGGUCUGGCCAUGGGCCGCAACAUGAUCUCGGCCGGUGCCGCCGAUUGUGUCAUGGUCGUUGGGUUCGAGAAGAUGAUGCCGGGCAGUCUCCAGAGCUUCUUUAACGACCGUGAGUCGCCGCUGGGGACCACGUAUGCCAUGAUGGCCACUACCCGGGGGCUGUCCAAGGCGCCGGGGGCUGCGCAGAUGUUUGGCAAUGCCGGGCGCGAGUACAUGGAGAAAUACGGCGCCACGGACGAGGACUUCGCCGAGAUCGCGCGCAUCAACCACGCCCACUCCGUCCACAACCCCUACUCCCAAUUCCAAGACGUCUACACCCUCGACCAAAUCCUCUCCUCCACCCCCAUCCACCCCCCGCUCACCAAACUCCAAUGCUGCCCAACCUCCGACGGCGCCGCCGCCGCCAUCCUCGUCUCCCAAUCCUUCCUCGACGCCCGCCCCCACCUGCGCUCCCACGCCAUCCUCAUCGCCGGCCAAUCCCUCGCGACCGAUUCCCCCUCCCUCUUCUCCCAAAGCGCCAUCGACCUCGUGGGCCGCGACAUGACCAUCCGCGCGGCCACCACCGCCAUGCACGAGGCCGACCCAUCCCUCACCCCGCAGGACUUCGCCGUCUGCGAACUGCACGACUGUUUCAGCGCCAACGAGCUCUGCCUGCUCGACGCGUUGGGUUUCUCCGCCCCCGGCAAGGCCCACGAACUCGUCCGCGCCGGCGGGAUUACCUACCGCGGACAGGGCCGCGACGGCAAGGGAGACGGCAAACUCGUCGUCAACCCCAGCGGGGGGCUCAUCUCCAAGGGCCAUCCGCUCGGCGCGACGGGGAUUGCGCAGUGCGCGGAACUGGUGUGGCAUCUGCGUGGGUGGGCGAAUAACCGCGCGGUGCCGAAGACUAAGUGGGCGUUGCAGCAUAAUUUGGGGUUGGGCGGGGCGGCGGUGGUGACGGUGUAUCGGAGGGCGGAUGGGAAGGAGGCGGUGACGGUGGAUUCGGAGACGGUGGGGAGGGUGAAUGGGUUGGGGUAUAACCCGGCUGUGGAGGCGAGGGGGUUUACGGCGGAGCAGGCGAAGAGGGUCAGGAGUCGGACCAAGACGCAUGAGUGGGCUAUGACGGCGACGCUGCCGAUGAUGAAGGCUGCGCAGGCGAAGGUUUAA